GCGAAGUCCAAGAACUGAGGGUAUAAGAGCAGAGGCUGCCAUCCAUCAAUCAUGCCUCAUCACAUUCUCAUCGAUCAGCAUUCAUUACCAAGCACAUCACAACAUCCUUCACUAUCACUCCAAACUUUACUAGUUCGUCAUCGCAACUUCCCACAUGCAAGCCACGUCCCGCAGACUCAUCAAAUUCGUCGGCAGUGUCACCCUUGAGCAUCUCGACUCUAAGACUCUCCCAGUAGUCAAAGGAUACUGCGAAAAAGUCGAGAAAGAAAAUCCAAUCAUCACGAAGGCAGAGGUCAAGGGAAGCAAGUGGCACAAGUCCCAUGACGAUCCAAACGAUAGCGAGCUGGUCAUCUCCAUUCGUUUCAGAGACGAGAAUGGCAGGAGGGUCACCACUGGCCAUGUGCACCAGGAUGGCACUGGGAGGAUCUCGUAGUGCCCGUGACCUGGUUGCAUGAGCACACGUGAAGGAUGGAUGAGAAUCGAAACUAAGCCCGUUCCGCGUAGUGGUUGCUCUAGCGCACCGUAUCGUAAGCAAUGUGAAGGGUCGGCCCGAGGGGGCGAAGCCGUGGGGUCCGUGCACAGUUGAUUGCAACCUCAAAUACCUGUGCCGCAGGCCUCAAGCGAUAAACUACAACAAACAUAUUGCAGAAACCUGUCAGUAUCAUGGAAUCCCCACAUAUUGACUUAAACGAAA